CGCUCUCCCCCCCCAGACCCCCACCGGUGCCGGGGGAUGCCGGAAUGCCGGUGCCCGCCUGCCCUGCCCUGAGCGCGGCGCCGCAUCCCGGCUGCGCCAUGGAGCAUCCAAGCGGGAGCGGGGCCGAGCCGUGGGCCGAGGGGGAGCACAACAGCAACAACAACGCUGCGCCGGCGGCGUGGCCGGGACUGGCACCGUUUGGUGGCCCUGGUGCUGAGCCCAGUUACCUGGGCCGCGUGGUGCUGGAGAUCGUGGAGUCGGAGCGGACCUAUGCCCGCGACCUGCGCAGCAUCGUGGAGGGUUACCUGGGGAAGAUCAUCGACGCCGAGGAGGCGGUGCUGCGGCCGGAGCAGGUCAGCGCGCUCUUUGGGAACAUCGAGGACAUCUACGAGCUCAGCAGCGCCCUGCUGCAGGACCUGGAGAGCUGCGCCAGCGACCCGGUGGCCGUGGCCGUUUGCUUCGUCACCCGGAGCCAGGAGUUCUCCAUCUACACCCAGUACUGCAAUAACUACCCCAGCUCGGUGGCGGCGCUGGCCGAGUGCAUGCGGAGCAAGGCGCAGGCGCGGUUGCUGCGCGAGUGCCAGGAGCGGCUGCGCCACGCGCUGCCCCUCGGCGCCUUCCUGCUCAAGCCCGUCCAGAGGAUCCUCAAGUACCACCUCCUGCUGCAGGAGAUCGCCAAGCACUUCGAGCACAAAUCCGGCGACGACUACGACCUGGUGCUGGAGGCCAUCGACACCAUGACCUGCGUGGCCUGGUACAUCAACGACAUGAAGCGCAAGCACGAGCACGCCAUCCGGCAGCAGGAGAUCCAGUCCCUGCUGCUGGGCUGGAAGGGGCCGGACCUGACCAGUUACGGGGAGCUGGUGCUGGAGGGCACGUUCCGGGUGCAGCGCGCGCGCCACGAGCGCGCCGUGUUCCUCUUCGACAAGACCCUGCUCAUCACCAAGCGCCGCGGUGACCACUACGGCUACAAGCACAUCCCGUGCUCCUCACUGAUGCUGAUCGAGAGCACCCGGGACUCGCUCUGCUUCAGCCUGGCGCACUACAAGCACAUCAAGCAGCAGCACUGCCUGCAGGCCAAGAGCGUGGAGGAGAAGCGGCUGUGGACCCAUCACAUCAAGCGGCUCAUCCUGGAGAACCACCACGCCAUCAUCCGCAGAAGGUGAGGGGAAGGGGACGCUCCCCAGGCUGCUAAAGAAGCCAUCCUGGAGAUGGAUCUGUUCUACCCCCCUCGCCUGCCCCGCUGCAGCCCCGAGCGCCUCAAGAAGAGCUGGUCCUGCCAGCCCCUGGAGGAGCCCGUGGCCGAGCCGCGCCAGGGCCGGCGCCAGUCGGGUGACCCCUUCCAGCGCCAGGACCACAGCGAGGUGCCACCGGAGCACACGCAGGGGCACAUGGGGCGCAGGCAGUCGGGUGCGGAUGCGGCUGGGAGCGGGGUGGUUGGGGUGGCGGUGGGGUUUGGGGUGGGAUGGGA